CGUGGCCCGACCUGAGGCGGGCGGGCAGAGGGAGUGUCUGCUCCUGGGUGUAGGAGUCUGACGUCUUGUUAGCGUGAAUGACUUGGAGAAAAAAAAAAACACUCUGACAACAGCUCAGCAGGCGAGACCGUCGCGGAGAAACAAUUUUCUUUUGUAACUUCUUCCCGCUUCCUUCCUUCUUCAACCUGUAUGACUGCGUGAAGACAAAAGCGGCUCAGUUAUGGAGAGCUCCAUUGAGACUUCCCAGACUAGAGGCGCCUCAAAACCCAAGCCGACUCUGGCCCCCAAACCUCGGCUCACUCCCAAGCCCUUCUCUCUGCAGAAGAACACCACCAUUCGCUCCAUUCACGCUCCAAAGACAGUCCCCACAACAACAAACCAGACUGGAAAAUCUGAAGCCGCAGGUGUCCCCAAACCACCCGUGACUGCCAAAGCUCAGAAACCUCCUCAACCAACCACCACCCCUGCUUCCAAACCCAGCUCUGUAAGUGCGCACACCAAAGAUAAACCAAAAACUACCAAAGAAAGUAAAACAAGUCCACAUCAAGAAGCUACUCUUGAUUCUAGUGUAGCUCCUGGAGAAUCUGACCCUGCCUCACAAACUGCUCCACUCAAAGAAACACCCAAAUCUGAGCCACUCCAGAAAGACAAUGUCAUUCAAACAAACCACAAAACACCCACAGAUUUUGUAACUGACCCAGAGCAGAAAGACGGAAAAAAGAAAGAAGAUGAAGCUCUGACUUCUGUCGUCCAAAAGCCUGAGGAAUCAGGGAGCAAUGAUUCUUCUGUAACCAAUCCAGUAUAUCGAUGGGGCGGCACCAGGAAGAGUCUGUCCACGAAACUCACCUCAAAGUUUGAGUCAGGUGGUGUGCCCCUGCCUCCCCAGCCCUCCAUAAGUGUAUCUAGAAGCAACACCAAAGACGACUCAAACAAGCCAGUGGUCUCCGAUCCAGAGCAGAUCCAGACAGCAACAGAGCCGUCAAACAGAGAGAGUGAUGAGGGGGGACUGAUGGAGGAUUACACUGGAGGAGGAAGCAUCAAACGCAGAAUCAGUCUCUUGUUUGACUCCUCGUCGAGGCCAGAGGUCAUAACGAAGAGAGAGGAGCCAGAGAUUAUAAACAGUGCGGGAGGUGUAAAGGAGAGGAUUAAACACUGGGCGGCCGAGACGAGUUCUGAGAGUCCGAAGGCCGAGAAGAAGCCUCAGGUUGUGCCCCGACCUCGCUCUAGGAGCUUCGAGCCAGCGACUGCUCCGACAGCGGAGAAAACACCCAAAACGCCAUGCGUGGAACCUCUUGUGACCAGGACGUCGUCUGCGCAGGCUGAGGAUCCAUGUCCAAAGGUCUCCCCAGCUGAACCACCCUCAGAGCCCCCGGUGGAAACGUCCAAAGACAUUCCCGCAGAAAAGAAGUCUUUGAGUAGCUCGGCAGAGACGCAGGCAGAGGACGAGCAGAACAAAUCAACAGAGGGUGAGGUCCGGCUACGCAAUUGCAGCCCAUCUACACCCCAAACUGCCACAGAGGAGGUGGACUCUGGUGAAGGUGCCCAUCGCCCCCUAAAGAAAGACAAUGUCAAACGUCGCUCUGUUCGCUUUGGUAUUGUGGAGAGAGAUGAUGGUGGGCCUCCGCUGAUCCUGGGCUCAGCGUCUGAGUCCAGCUCUGAAGAGGAAGAGGCAGAAGAGGCCCCUAAGGAUAAAACUGAGGAGGACACCACUGCUCCUUUACCCGUCUACAGACGAGUAGGAAUUCUCCAGAGAAAGGAUGAUGAGAUCCAAAAACAAGAAGAGGAACGACAGAAACAUUUGGAGUUUGAACAAAGACCAAGAGCAGAGGAGCACGAACAGGCAAGACUGAAGUUAGAAGAGGAGCGAGAAGAGGAAGAGAGGGAGAGAGAAAAGGCCAAGCAGAGGGAAGAGCUUAGGCUCAGGGAAGAGGAGAAACAGAGAGAGGAGGAGAGGGAAAGAGAGAGGCUGAGGGAGCAGGAAAUGGAGAGACAGCGGAAGGAGGAGUGGGAGAGAGAAAGGUCAAAAGAAGAGGAACGGGAAAGGCAAAGGGUGAGAGAGGAAGAGAUGGAGAGGGAAAGACAGAUAGAGGAGAUGUGGCAGAGACAGAAAGAUGAGGAAAGGGAGAAGGCAAAGCAGAAAGAAGACAGGCUAAAGCAAGAUCAGAAGGAGAGAGAGGAAGAGAGACUGCGAGAGGAGAGGAGGAGAGAGGAGCGACCGAGGGAGGAGGAUGAGAGGUCAAUUCAUGAACACGAGGAACACAGGUUGGAGGGGAAACUGAGGGAGGAGGAACUUAAUAAAGAGAAAGAGAGAGAGGAGGAGUGGGAGAAAGAGUGGGUGAAACAGACAGAGUGUUUGAGAGGAGGAGAGGAAGAUAAGAGGGAGAGAGAAAAGGAGUUGGAGCUGAUGUGGCAGAGACAGAAAGAGGAGGACAGAGAGAAGGCCAGGCAGAAAGAGGAAAGACUCAAACAAGAGGAGAGGGAGAAAGAAAGAUUAAGGGAAGAGGCUGAGGAAAGAGAGAGGGAGAGGCAAAGGAGGCUAGAGGAGGAAGAGAGGAUGAGGGAAAGACAGAGAGAGGAGGAGGAGAGACAGCUUGAGAGGAAACUGCAGCAGGAGAAGGAGGAAGAGAUGGAGAGAAUGAGGCAAAUAGAAAAACAGAGAGAGGAGGAGAGGAGGAGACAGAUGGAGAAAGAAAGAGCAGAGGAGCUGGAGAGAAAAAUGCAAGAGGAAUUGGAGAGAGAGCAAGCAAGAGGACUGGAGGAAAAGCUAAGAAUGGACAAAGAGAGAGAAAGGGAAGAACUUGUGUUGACCGACGGGGAACGAGAGAGUGCAGCGGAUGAGGCAGAGUCAAAUUUAAUCAGCUUUGACUCUGAAGAUGUGCCUCAGAAGACAGACACACCACAUUCCUCCUUAGCAAAAAUCCAUGAGCCUGCAGAGAGUCAAAUCGAAGUUGUUUAUGAUGACUUCUCUGUCAGAAAACCUCUAAUCGAGGUGGAUUUUGACGAUUUUUCGGUCAAACCGAAGAGAUGGGGCUCACAGGCUAAAGCAGAAACUAGGUCACCGGUCAUCCAGAGGGCAACCAGUCCUGUGGAUAAAAAGGACGUGGAGGUUCUCGUGCCCUUGAGGAUAACCCCUCAGGAAAACAAAGUACCAGAGCAGGUGGCAAAACCAGACAGCCCAGAGCCUACACCAGCUGUGACGAGACCAGAGGAGAAGCAGGAGGAGGAGGAGGAGGAGGAGGAGGAGAGGCCAGAGGAGGGACAGCUUGUCUCCGUGGAGGCAGAGGAAGAGGAAGAGAAGCAGGAGAUGGAGAGGGAGGAGGAGGUGGAUGAAGAAGACGAAGACAAGCAGGAGGCACAGGUUAACAGUUAUUGUGUAAAUGGAGAAGACAAAGAUACUGAUGCUUUGAUAGACAGCGAGCCAGACCAGCAGAACGGCAGCGGUGAACAGACAUCUGAGACUGACAGUCCAAAGUCCAUCCCUGAUCAAGUUCCUGAAGACUCCUCUCAAGAUGUUGAUACCACUGAUAUUCACAGAGAGCCAGAGUUUGCUCCAUUCCCUGAGAGCUCCGCUCCUCUUCUAGACACCAGUGCGCAGAGAUCCAAGGCGGAUCUGGGUAAGAGGCGACUUCGAACGCGUCCAUCUCGCUCACUCCGCUCAGGGGUGACACAGAAGGGAAGUCCGGACUGGAGGGCUCGAGACUCUACAGAUGAAAAGGAGGCAUCUUCCAAACAUGGGGAUUCAGAUUCUGAGGAGGAACAGCCAAAACCGAAGGUCUCUUCUCCUCCUCCCACUUCUCAAAGAGUCCCUGUGUUCCCUGGUCUGAGCCCUGCAUCCCUGCUUGCUCAAUUAAAAAGGAGAACGGGUGGAGGAGGAGCUGGAGGAGGAGAGGAAGCAGAAAAUGACAAGGGAAGAGAAGAGAGGGGAAGUCAUCUCGAGGAAACGACACCUUCGCCCUCACAACUCUCCCGCUCUCCUCGCCCUGCCGCUCAGCUGGCAGGGGCUGCACGGGUGCUGCCACCCUUAGGCGGCACGGGCACAGGUGGUGACUCUUCUCCUGCUUGGUUGAAAGAACUGAAGUCUAAGAAGCGUCUGAGUCAGUAUGAGAACGAGGGUUAGCCAGACACAGGAGAAACUGUGUUGUUGCUGUUGAUCAGGAAUCAGUCCAUCUCAGCUGCUGUUGCUGACACCUCGCCAUGAUUGCUCCAUUUUGCACUUUGAGUGCCUUAUUUUGGACCUUUACUGGUAUAGGCAGAAGUGGAAUUCGCUGAAUAUAGAGGCCAUCAAGAACUUCUCAUCUUGCAAAUGAAAUAAUGGUGCCAAGGCUAUGUGCCAAGACUCUGAUGUGUUAAUGCCAAGUAUAUGUUUUAUCGCCUAUUGUACAGAGGCUCAAUUGAGAGUGAAUACCCCAGUAUGAUUUAGAGCAAAGCCAUGAACUGUCUUGUUUGAAUGUGUAAGUCCAUCAUAUGCUGACAGAGACUGAUGACACUAGGCCUUCAGCAGGGCACACACACACAUACACUGUAUAUACAGGAAAUACUGAAUAUGAAUAAUGAAUUGCACCUUGUGUGUAUUUAGUUGAAAUUGUAUAAAAUGCCUUUUACAUUAUUUUACCAAUCACAGAUCGUCUCAAGUAAACUCACCUAGCACUUUAAGAAACAUUUUAACGAGUCACCGUCCAUACAGUGCAUCUAAGCAAUAGAAUAAUCAAGUACAUAACUGUAGUAACUGGGUCAAGGGUUUUUUUCUCUUUUUGUAACACCAUGAAUGCCUGUCUUCUCUUUAAAGUGAGGUUUCAGCAAUAUGUAAAGAUGCAGCCUCUGGUUUUAUUAAAACGGCCAGUAGCUAGCCAGUCUGAACACCAACAGAUGAGCGUGCUAUAACAGAAUCAGGAAGAGUAAAAUCUUUAAUCCAGAAAAAUGCAUUCAUCUGCUUGAGAUUCUUUUUCGAGUGCCUUUUUAAUGUUAAUGUUUGACUGUCAUCAAUGCUGUAAUCAUUUAUGAUCAAGAUAUUGUCUGAUAAGAGGAAAUUGAGGGAAUUUUAUUAAACCUUU